UUGAAUUUCAUCACAUUUCGUUCUGACAAUUAACUCAUAUCACUGGUUCACAAUCUUCCAUGAGUUAUAGUCUUAUCAGAUUGACUUUUUUGUAGAUCUGUAUCUGCUUUUGGACUUUGUAUCAUACAAAUCCAAUAAUCUGAUACUUUCAACAAUUAUUAAUGGGGAGAACAAUGAGCUUCAUAUUUUUUAGUCUGUCAAUGACUACAUUGAUGUUUGCAUCAUUAAUGGAGGCAACAUCAUCUGGGAAUGAUCAUAAUGAUGUUUUUACUGUGUUUGAUCGAGAUGGAGAUGGUUAUAUUACAAAGAAAGAUGUGGAGAACUUCCUGAAAUCAUCAUCCGCAAAUUCGAUCAGCAACAAAGCGGAUUUCAAGCAAAGAAUACUAAAGGAGAUGAAUAGUUGUAAGAAUAAAAAAAUGAGCUUUGAUGAUUAUGUCAAAUUCAUGAAUAAACAAGCAGAAGGAAAUCCCAGAGAUUGUAAAUUUGGUUUACAACCAGCAAUAGUAAACCAAUAAUUAUGACAACAAAUAAAAAUGCUGCUUCACAAUCUGCACGAUUUCACGUUUCAAGGACACUGAACCAUUUUUCCGUUUUUAUGUGGACGAUUUUUACACUAUGUACUGUGAAAAUUAAUAAACGAGGGGUUCUUGGGUAGA